UCGUUCCACAUUGCUCGAACUACCGAACAAAAGAAUUGUGCGUUUCGAAAUUAAAAUCAGGAAUCAGCUAGAAGCCUGGCUGUACUCGGAUUUGCCCAACGCGUUACCGCCAAAACGAUCGGGAAUUUUUGAAUCCGACUCCGGGACGAACUCGGCAGAAGCUAAGCGCGUCAGCCUCACGCGACCGACCAAUCGCCGAUAUAAUCCCCAUCCAUCCCACCCCACCGAUCUCGAUCCAACUAAUCGCGCCUACAGUUCUUGAUCGCGAAGCCAAGACGCACGCGCUGCAGUUCUUGAUCCGACCACCCUCUCUCGAGGGAUCGAAAACUCCGGAUCGCGAUGAUGGCGCUCUCGUCCGGGUUCUGCUCCACCGCCGGCUCCGUCCUCUCGCCGUCGUUCUACACCCCGGGUACGCCCUCGUCGUCGCCUUUCCAGUUCUGCUCGCCGUUCGAGGAGUCCUACGGAUACGAGGAGUACACGCCGUCGAGCCCUUCUCCGCGCGCGGCGUCGCCGGAUUACACGCCCGCGAGCCCUUCUUCGCGCGCGGUGUCUCCGGACUACACACCGUCGAGCCCUACUCUCCUCGCUGGGUCGCCGGAUUACACGCCCGCAAGCCCUCUUCCGCGCGCGGCGUCGCCAUACUACGCGCCCGGGACGCCGCCUCCGUCGCCGUACUACACGCCCGGGACGCCGCCUCCGUCGCCUUACUACACGCCCGGGACGCCGCCUCCGUCGCCGUACUACACGCCCGGGACGCCGCCUCCUUCGCCGUACUACACGCCCGAGAUGCCGCCUCCUUCGCCGGACUACACGCCCGGGACGCCGCCUCCUUCGCCGGACUACACGCCUGAGACGCCGCCUCCGUCGCCCAUGGUGUCCGACGCCGAGUCCCGCACGUCUCCAGCGCCCCGCCGCCACCAUCCGUACCAGAGGAGCGGCACCAGCCGAGGCCGGCUUCAGCGAGCUUUGGGAUAUUAGGAAUCGCUCCUGACAGGAGAUAGAUAUUGGACUCUCUGUGUAGAAAUCCUUGCAUUUCUAUGCCUUUAUGUAACGCCCUAGGCGGUUUUCACCAUAUACUUCGCCCUCUUGUACUAUGUUACACGAAUUGAUGAAUUAUUGAUGCAUAUAGCACUUGUGUA